AUGUUUUCGAAUACUUCCAGACUUCUAGCCAAAAGGGCUUCGAAAUUUGUCUUAUCGCGUAGAUUUAACUCGACUCUUACUCUUAUAGAGACGACGGGACCAAAUGUUACCCCAGCUUCGUUGUCUACAUUAACUGCAGCAGUCAAAGUUGGAAAUCCAAUAACAGCUCUUCUCUUAGGUCCGGAAUCGGAAGUGGCUGGAAAGCAAAUUGCUGCUGUCGAAGGUGUUGACAAAAUUCUCAUCUCUAAGUCCGAUAAAUACGCACACCUUCUUCCAGAGGAGGUUUCACCUUUGGUUGCCAGUAUUUUGAAGAGUUCCGACUACACAAACUUUUUUGUUCCAGCAUCUACAGCGGGCAAGGGUAUUUUGCCUAGAGUUGGUGCCCUAUUAGACGUCCAGCCUGUUUCAGAAAUCACCAAAGUUGUUUCACCUGACACAUUUGUCAGACCAACAUAUGCAGGAAAUGCUAUUCUCACGGUCAAAUGUAAGGAUAAAGUUAAGUUAGCAUCUGUAAGGUCUUCUGCAUUUGUCCCCAUCGAAAGGAAGAGUGAAAAAAUCUCUGAUAUAAAGGAGAUUUCAUAUGUGGAAUCCGGAAAUAAAACACAAUAUGUGUCUGAGCAAUUGAUCAAGUCAGAAAGGCCUGAACUUGAUUCUGCAAAGAUAGUCGUUUCAGGGGGUAGAGGACUCAAAGAUAAGGAGCAUUUCGAUCAGUUGCUGUAUCCUCUAGCCGAUAAAUUGCACGCUGCACUUGGCGCUUCUAGGGCUGCAGUUGAUGCCGAUUUCUGCGAUAAUUCCCUACAGGUUGGUCAAACUGGUAAGGUUGUGGCACCAAAUUUGUAUCUUGCAGUCGGAAUAUCCGGUGCUAUUCAGCAUCUUGCCGGAAUGAAGGAUUCGAAGGUCAUUGUUGCCAUCAAUAAGGAUGAAGAAGCCCCUAUAUUUAAGAUUGCUGAUGUUGGAAUGGUUGGUGACCUCUUUAAGAUCGUUCCAGAGUUGACCGAAAAGUUGUAA